AAUUGUCAGUUUUAUUAAACUCAAGUUGUAUUUCAAAGACCAUACAAUUGUCUAUUUUCCACAGUUGUAACGUUAUAUGUAAAUAUAGGCAGCGUUGCGUCGACGUGCGACGCGCCGAAUUCACUGGAGACACGCGAAAACUGAUUAUUCCUCUUGUCCCACGCAAACAUUUUAACGCCUUUAUUUCGUUAACCAAGAAGAUUUAGAUUGAAGAGACUCGCGUCGAUUUAGAUGGCAAGCUUCUCAGAUUGUGUCAACGAAAAUGAAAUAGGUAAAGCUAAGUUCAUCGGGGAACUCAUACCUCCAGUUGCUCCCUUUGACCAGAAGUCUGGACGGGAGACUUGGACUGUAGCUUUUGCACCUGAUGGUUCUUACUUUGCUUGGUCUCAAGGGCAUCGAAUAGUGAGACUUGUACCAUGGAAAAAUUGCUUAGCCAGCUUUUCUGUAAGGAAGGAAGAUCGGUCGAGCGGUGCAGGUCCUCAACGACUCUCCCGGCAGAACAGUGAGACCAGUCUGCUGCCAGGCGAGCCCAGAGAGCACACUAUCGACUGUGGUGACAUUGUGUGGGGCCUGGCCUUUGGCUCUUCUGUUCCCGAGAAGCAGAGUCGCUGCGUUAAUAUCGAAUGGCACCGGUUCAAGUUCGGACAGGACCAGUUGCUGCUUGCCACCGGCCUCAACAAUGGGCGUAUCAAAAUCUGGGAUGUGUAUACAGGAAAGCUAUUGCUGAACCUGAUGGACCACACAGACAUUGUGCGGGACCUGACGUUUGCCCCAGAUGGGAGUUUAGUGCUGGUUUCUGCAUCGAGAGACAAGACCCUACGCGUGUGGGACCUCAAAGAUGACGGUAACAUGGUGAAAGUACUCCGUGGUCAUCAAAACUGGGUCUACUGCAGUGCUUUCUCACCUGAUUCAUCGGUCCUUUGUUCCGUAGGCGCAGGCAAAGCGGUCUUCCUGUGGGACAUGGAUAAGUAUACUCUGAUCCGAAAGCUGGAGGGCCAUCAUAAUGACGUGGUGUCCUGCGAGUUCUCUCCUGACGGGGCCUUGCUGGCUACCGCCUCCUACGACACUCGUAUCAUAGUGUGGGACCCUCACGCAGCCACUGUUCUGUUCGAGCUGGGGCAUCUCUUCCCUCCUCCCUCCCCCAUAUUUGCAGGAGGAGCAAAUGACCGAUGGGUUCGCUCCGUUGCCUUUUGUCACGACGGUCGGCACAUUGCCAGCGUCACUGAUGACAGGCUGGUGCGUUUCUGGAGCAUCGAUGAGAAGAGUCCUCAAGCCAUCGGCCCUCUCACUAAUGGCCUCUGUUGUGCCUUUUCUACUGACGGAAGUGUUUUAGCUGCUGGGUCUCGUGAUGGCAGUGUGCAUAUCUGGGCUUCCCCACACAGCAUUGCGAGCCUCCAGCACCUGUGCCGUAUGACCCUGCGGCGAGUCAUGCCCACCCAGCAGGUUUAUACGCUGCCCAUUCCUUUCUCCAUGCAAGACUACCUGGCCUACAAGACACUUUAACAUGGAACGCAAACCACGGCACUCUGUGAAACCAAGGAAUAAAAAAUGUUUUUCUGUUCAUACAGACCCCCUGAAGUAGGUGAGGUCAGUUCUUUUUGUAUUUAUUUAUUAUUUUUAUUUUGAAAAUGUACUUUUUCUAGUUGCAGGUAUAUUUCAGUACUUUUUAUUUGUUGAGAUUGUUUUC